AUGCCGACCCUCGACGUUAGCGAGCUGAACAUUGUCCUCGGCGUGCUUGUGAAGAUCAAGUGCAAGUGGUACUUGGGCGAAGCAUUGCCUGCCGUCCUCAUCGGAAUUCUUCUCGGGCCCCUAGCAGCCAAAUUCAUCGACAGUGAGCGAUGGGGCUCUGCAACCGAAGGCCAGACCAGCGCCAUCACCCUGGGCCUCGCUCGCGUCAUGAUCGGUGUGCAACUGGUCAUCGCGGGUUACCAGCUGCCUGCCAAGUAUCAACAACUGCGAUGGAAGGAGAUGGCCCUGUGUCUGCUCCCCAUCAUGACCAUCAUGUGGCUCAGCACCACGGUCUGUAUGCUUGCCACGGUACCCAAGAUCACCCUGUUGGCCGCGCUCGUCAUCGGUUCCUGCGUGACCUGCACCGACCCGAUCCUCUCGCAGGCCAUCGCCAAGGGUCCCUUCGCCGACAAGUUUGUGGCUCGCGAUCUUCGUGAGAUCAUCUCUUCAGAAGCUGGCGCGAACGACGGUUUCGGAUUCCCAUUUCUGAUGCUAGCCGUGUAUCUCAUCCGCCAUGCUGACAUUCCCGGUGCGGGUGAAAGCAACGAGGGCACUGCCUCUAUCGCAGAGAGGGCGGUCCGUCUCGUCCUGCGCGAAGAGCACGGCGUUGGCCGUCUCGGCGGUGGUGUUGGCGUCGCUCUUACCAACUGGUUCGUGGAAACCUGGCUCUACAUUGUCUUGAUGUCUGUUGCCAUUGGCGUUGUCGUUGGCUUUGCUUCCGGCAAAGCCUUGAAGUUCGCGCUGCGCAAGCAGUGGGUCGACUCUGAGAGUUACCUCCUCUACCCGACCGCCAUCGGAUUGUGGCUUGUUGGAAUCUGCGGAAUGCUCGGCACCGACGACCUCCUCGCCUGCUUCGUCGCCGGCAACGCUAUGAACUGGGACGGGGACUACCUCGCCGAGACCGAGAAGCGCCACGACGAGGUGAACUCGUGCGUCGACGUCCUCCUCAACUUUGGCGGCUUCAUGUACAUUGGCACCAUUAUGCCGUGGGACCAGUUCAACCAGCCCGAUGUCACCGGACUCACCUACCCCCGCCUCUUCGCGCUCGGAUUCCUCGUCAUGGCUUUCCGCCGCAUCCCCGCCAUCAUGAUCUCCUACAAGCUGAUGCCCAAGGUCGAGCACACUCGCCACCUCUUCCCGGAACUCGGCCAGGGUGACGAGGAGGAGACGAACCUCGUGCGGGUCAUGAUUCCGGUCGUGUACUGGCUGGUGUUGUUCUCCAUCGUCUUCCACGGUCUGUCGAUCCCCGCCCUGAACCUGAUCUACAAGUUCGCCGGCGUCAAGCCGAUUCAGGAGGAUGCCGUCGAGCUCCGUCGCAUUUCCAUGCACGUCCCGACGCCCAACAACGCCAUGGUCUGCGACCGCGACACCUUCAUCGCGUACAACCGUUUCUCGCGCCCCGUCUUCAACACUGCCGAGCUGCCGUAUCUCGGAAAGAACGCGGGCCCCAAGAUGUACACGCACGACGACAAGUCUUUCGAGAGCCUGGGCAAGUAG